GGGAGCCCGCCCUUCUGCGCCCAAGGCACCCCGAGCCCUGCUGGUCAUUGCCAUCCCGCCAUGGCGCCCAUCGCGGUCCUCCUCCUAUCUGGGCUCUUGCUGGCUUCACCCUCCUGGGCUCGCAAGCCCCGGCCCACCAAGGGCCCCAUCGAGAAGAUCAGCGCCCAGGCGCACUUUGAUCCUGCCCGGUUUGCAGGGAAGUGGUUUUUGGUGGGGGUGGCCUCUGACUGCCAUUACCUGCGCGAAAAUAGCUACCGGCUAGAAGCCACCAACGUGGUUGUGUCGGUGACUGACAGCGAUGCUGAGCUGAAAUCUUUGCGCUUUAGCACCUUCCGCCCACUGGAAGGGAUCUGCUGGAACAUCAAGCAGACCUAUUUUGCCAGCAGGACUCCCGGGCGGUUCCUCUUGAAAGGCCGGGGUGCCCCAGUGGACGUGGUGGUGGGGGAGACGGAUUACAGCGGCUACACCAUCUUGUACCUUCAGAAGAACCACAAGAUCUCAGCGAAGCUUUACGGACGAACGGCACAGGUCACAAAUAACAUCCUGAAAAAGUUUGAGGCCGCUGUGGCUGCCAUCGGCAUGAGUGAUGACGUCACCUUUUAUUACCCCGUCUACGGGUUUUGUAACUCGGCUGACCAAUUCCACAUCCUUGACGAAACCAAGUACACGGGGUAGCAGUAGAGGGGAGCAGCCUCCCAUCCGACGCUCUACCUGUGCCAGACAGCCUGCGCGGAGACUCAAAAGCAGGAAUCGCUGCCUUUUGAUACCUGUUCCUGUUCCCAUGAGAAUAAAGCCAAUUUAAGAAA